UCGAUGAUGUGAUCUCCAAGAUGGACAGACACUGGAGACUACUUGACGUCAGGGAUCAUGGACCCUUCUUUUAUGUGGGAGGAUCAAAUGGAGCAGAUCUAGUUGCUAAUUACUGCGAGAUCAAGGGAUGGAAGAGAAUCUAUGACAACAACCGGGGGGACUAUUUAUUCAAAUGGUCUGAGCACAAAAUGGCUAUCAACUACCAGAACUUCCAACCAGGUAGGCAGAUUCUCAGCCAGAUCCCAAACAACAGGAUACUGACCACUAAAGUAGGUCUCUGCACUUCCCUCAAGGAGUAUGAGAGAGUAGCAAUGAAAUAUUCAAAGGGCGUGAAUUCACAUAAGACCAUCAAGUUAGUUGAGUUUUUCCCCGAGUCGUACCGCAUGGAUGUGAAAAGUGAGCGACAGGCUUUCUUUGAUGCCUACAAAGCAGGUCAGAUUUGGAUUUGUAAACCUGGCAAUUUACAAGAGGGACGAGGAAUCUUCCUCCUAAGGUCUGUGAAUGAUGUGAAAGUACUCCGUGAAAAGCUGCAAAGUGUGGAACAGAACCCACUGCUCAAGCCUACACAGUAUAAUUCCAUCGUCCACAGGGUGGUGCAGAGAUACAUCAGCCGACCACUACUUCUAGAUGGCAGGAAGUUUGACGUCCGUUCCUUCUUCCUGAUUGCCUGCACCUCACCAUAUAUGGCCUUCUUUCACCAUGGUUACGCCAAGUCAACCUGCAACAUAUAUAACCCAGCUUCUGAUGACCUGACAUGUCACCUGACCAAUCAGUUCAUUCAAAGAAAGAACCCUAGGUACAAGGACAUGAAGGAAGACACGAUCUGGUCAAUGGAACGCUUGAAUGACUACAUUAAUGAGAAGUACAUGGAAUCGAAACAUCUCCCAAAGGAUUGGGUCUUCAUUGAUUUUACAAGGAGAAUGCAGGAGAUUAUGAGAACUUGUUUAAACUGUGCCAAGACCAAACUGGACUCAAAAUUGGGCUUCUUUGACCUCAUGGGCUGUGACUUUAUUAUUGAUCAAAAUUUCAAGGUCUGGUUACUGGAGAUAAACGCCAACCCAUCCCUACAGAGACACUCUUCUGUACUCCAAUCUCUCAUUCCCCGGCUGGUCUAUGAGACUCUUGAUGUAGUAAUUGAGAUAUUCAAGAAAAGCAGGAAAGGGUUGCUCACCUUACCACUUGAGUCACAAAGAGAGUUUGUGCUGAUCUACAAUGGCAUGCAAAGGCGACAGAGGUCAAUACCAGGGAGAGAAGAUAAGAUUUCCCCUAUGCUUCUUAAACAAACUUCACAGCCAAAAUAUUUGGUGAAAAAUCCUGUCAGAAAGCAAGAAGAGUCUCAGUCAAUCUCGGACCAUGAACAAGUUGAAAGGAAAAGCCUUCAGAAGGUGUCCUGCCCACCACCUGGUGGACAGCUGCCAAAUGUUACCCAGAUCCAGAGCCUGUCCUGUAAGACACACGUGCUGAAUGCCAACAACCCAGCAUACUUGAAAGAGUGGAGAACUGAGGCUGAAGCCCUGAUGAUCCCCAUGCCAGCUGUUCCUCCGUUCAACAGAAAAUUCACACAGAUAGCUCAGAAAAGAGCAAGUCUGGACAGUAAUCUAUUCCUCAAGUAGAGAGCACAUUUUGCUUCCAGUCCCCAAACCAUGCAGGACAACACAGUGAAGCUUAGAACUGAUAGCAAGCUACCUUCAUAACAUGAGGAGAGUUGGUUUGAGUCAGGCUGCAAGAGUGCGGCGAUACACUUUCUGCACUAAAUACAAAACACAA